AUGGUUAAGAAAGUAUUACUAAUCAAUGGACCUAAUCUCAAUUUGUUAGGUACCAGAGAACCAGAAAAAUAUGGUACAACUACUUUAGCAGAUAUAGAACAGGCAGCAAUUAAACAAGCAGAAUUAAAACAAGAUGGAUCACAAGUAUUAGCAUACCAAAACAAUACAGAAGGGAAUAUUGUCGAUAGAAUACAUCAAGCUAAAUUAGAAGGAGUAGGGUUUAUUGUCAUAAAUGCUGGAGCUUAUACUCAUACUUCUAUAGCAAUUAGAGAUGCCUUGUUAGGUACGGCUAUACCAUUUAUAGAAGUUCAUAUUACUAAUGUUCAUCAACGAGAACUGUUUAGACAUCAUAGUUAUUUGAGUGAUAAAGCAAUUGGGAUUGUAUGUGGUUUAGGGGUUUAUGGUUAUACUGCUUCUAUUGAAUUUGCACUUAAUUAUUAG